AUGAACGACUUGGAACUUCAGACGCACGCGCACAAGCGCAUUCAGCAGCUCUCGGGCGGCAACAAGCGGCGUGCUAGCAUCUGCGCGGCGUUCUUGAGCGAUCCCGACGUGGUGCUGCUCGACGAGCCCUCUUCGGGCAUCGACCCGGCAGGUCGCCGAAAAUUGUCGCAGCUGAUUCAGAAAGAAAGAAAGAACCGCGCAUUUGUGCUGACGACGCACAACAUGGAAGAGGCGGAAACGCUGUGCACGCGCGUCGGCAUUCUGAUCAACGGCGAGUUGCGCUGCCUGAACACCUGUUUGGCGAUCAAGAACAAAUAUGGGCAGGGCGUGAUUCUCGAGAUCGAGUUGCUGUCUUCGCUGCUGUUCCAGGGCAAAAUCCGCGGCGCGAAGCGCGCCGCGUUGCUCAGUUGGUUGCACGCAAAUAUCACGCCGAAUAUCGAGCAGACGGAAGAAGUCUCGUAUCGUCUGACAUACCAGGUCUCGUUGGACGGGAUUACGCUGGGAAAGAUCUUCACGCAGAUCGAGCAACACAAGGAGCAGCUCGACAUUGCGGACUACUCGGUGACGCAGGCGACGCUCGACCAGGUGUUCUCGCAUUUCGCAAAGAAGCAAGUGAGCCGCGAAAACGAGUAG